AUGACAGAGAUUGCUAUGCCAACACGAAGAUCAAGUGAGGAAGAAGACGAGCUACAACGGAGUGUUAAGAAAUUUAAGGACAGUAACAGUGCGAGGAGUUUCACCCAACCCAGGACUAUCGUUUCCUAUAGAGACACGUUGCUUGGGGACAUCCCAGGUGCAUAUGAGCAAGCUUUCAGCUUUGAGAGGAACUGGGAUGAUAACGACGAGUCAGACACGGAUCUAGAGCCGCUGAUAGAAGGUAUGGUUGAGGUUAAGCUCUCUAAGGAAACUUUCUCUCGGAUAAGAGCACCAUGGUUGAAAGCUUUGAUCGUGAAAGUUUAUGGUAGGACAGUGGGUUUCAACUACCUGACUUUCAAAAUCAAUGCUUUAUGGAAACCAUUGGCUAAACUUGACUGUGUUAAUUUGGGAAAGGAUUUCUUUUUAAUUAGAUUCAGCAGUAGUGAUGAUUAUGACAAGGUGCUCAAAGGGGGUCCUUGGUUUGUAGGGGAGCAUUUCCUUGCCAUUAAACCAUGGGAGCCUUAUUUUAAGGCAUCUGAGGCCAAAUUAUCCUCAGUUGCAAUGUGGGUGAGGCUUCCUGAAUUACCAAUAGAGUUUUAUGAUGCUGCUGUCCUUAGAGAAAUUGGAAAUGCUAUUGGACCUGUUCUUCGUAUUGAUUCGUACACAGCAUCUGAAUCUAGAGGGAGCUAUGCCAGACUUUGUGUGCAAGUGGAUUUGGACAAACCACUUAUCACCUCAGUUCGUGUGGGCAAAUUGGUUCAAAGAAUCACAUAUGAAGGUGUUUCAACACUUUGUUUCUCUUGUGGCCGUUUGGGUCAUAAGCGUGAUUCUUGCCCGUACUAUAUCAAACCUGCUGUUAGAGAAGAAGUAGUUGUAAAUGAGAAUAUCUCAACUGAACAAAAAGAAACCAACCAGUUGGAUUCCAAGUAUGGACCCUGGAUGGUGGUUACUAGGAAAAAGAAUUUUAAUAGGCCUGGCCGUCCUCGUGGGCCCAACAAUUUAAAUCAAGGAAAUUUUCAAGAGCUUAAGGGUAAAUCUGACUUUUCAGAGCCAAAUGUCACGGGUUCUGAAGGAAAUAACCUUAGAAUAAUUGGUUCUAAGGACUUGGCUGAUUCGGCUAGGGGUAAUUUGGGUGCUAUUGUUGUGCAAAAUCAGCAAAGGACAGAUUUUGUGGCAGCCGAGAAUGAAAUGGACGUCUGCUAG